UGCAGCUGGCACUCACAGCCUGGUUCUCUGCUGCCUCCGGGAGCACAUCUCCUCCUCUGCACACCCUCAGUCCACCCCCUCUUACCCAGGAUCCAGGUCCUCAGCUCAGCCCAGGACGUGCCCCAGCACUGGGAGCACCUGCCAGUGGGGCAACCAUGAGGGAUGUGCUCAGGCCUGGGUACCGACAGAGCCUCUUCCAUCUCGCCUGGAUGUGCCUGCUCUCCUCCAUGCCGCAAGGUGGGGCCAAGGUGCUGGAGAAGACGUUCGAGGAGUGGAUGCGGUACCGUGACGAGUGCUUGAGGAGGAUGGCGAGCGAGCCCUACCCGGCAGGGAUCUUCUGCAACCGGACAUUUGACAUGUAUGCCUGCUGGCCCGACGGGAGCCCUGGCAUCACCGUCAACGUCUCCUGCCCCUUUUACCUGCCCUGGUUUGAGAAAGUGAAGUACGGGCUGGUGAGCCGCAGGUGUGGCCCCGACGGGCAGUGGGUGACGGUGAACGGCAGCCAGCCCUGGCGCGACUACUCACAGUGUGAGGAGGAGACAGCGGCCACCGUGGAGGAGGUGGGUGCCCUGGCCCAGGCACGCAGCGCGGUGCUGCUGGCCCCGGCUCACCAGCGCGGUGCUGACCUGCAGGAGGGUGCCCGCCGGCUGAUGGUGAGCUUCAAGGUGCUCUACACCGUGGGGUACUCGCUGUCACUCCUCACUCUCGUCUCUGCCCUGCUCAUCCUCACUGUCUUCAGGAAGCUCCACUGCACCAGAAACUACAUCCAUGCCAACCUCUUCGCCUCCUUCGGGCUGCGGGCGACCUCGGUGAUGGUGAAGGAUGCACUCCUGGAGAGGCGCUGGGGCAUGGAGCUGGUGCAGGUGGCUGACUGGGAGGCUCUGCUGAGCCACGAGGUGAGUGCUGCCCCAUGGGGUCCCUGCAUGGUGCUGGGCUGGGAUCACCCCAGAGAUGGGUGUGCGGUGGGUGCUGGUGCUCACGCAGCCACAGGAAUCUGCAGAGUGAGCUCGGGGGGUGCCCAUGCCCCUGAUGGGGGAGCUCUUGGGGUGCCUGUGCCCGUGGAUAAGCCCAUGGGGUGCCCCAUGGUGGGUAUCCCCUCACAGGUGGCGCUGGGUUGCCGGGCCGCGCAGGUGCUGAUGCAGUAUUGCAUCCUGGCCAACCACUACUGGUUCCUGGUGGAAGCUGUCUAUCUCUACAAGCUGCUCAUCGGGGCCGUCUUCUCCGAGAAGAAUUACUACAGGCUCUACCUCUACCUGGGCUGGGGGACCCCCGUGCUGUUCGUGGUGCCCUGGGUGGCCGCCAAGUACCUAAAGGAAAACGCGGAGUGCUGGGCACUGAAUGAGAACAUGGCUUACUGGUGGAUCAUCCGCAUCCCCAUCCUGCUCGCCUCCCUGAUCAACCUGCUGAUCUUCAUGCGGAUCCUCAAGGUGAUCCUGGCCAAGCUCCGGGCCAACCAGAAGGGCUACGCAGACUACAAGCUGCGGCUGGCCAAAGCCACGCUCACCCUCAUCCCCCUCUUUGGGAUCCAUGAGGUUGUCUUCAUCUUCGCCACUGACGAGCAAACCACAGGCAUCCUGCGUUACAUCAAGGUGUUCUUCACUCUCUUCCUCAACUCCUUCCAGGGCUUCCUCGUGGCUGUGCUCUACUGCUUCGCCAACAAGGAGGUGAAGUCAGAGAUGAAGAAGAAGUGGCAGCUCUGGAAGCUCGACCACCCGAUGCUCUGCUGUGCCCAGUGAUGUGGCACUGGGCACUGCAGAGCCAGGGAGAGGGAUGUGGUGGGUGCGGGGACCCGGCGGGAGGGCAGCACUCCUGGGAUGGCCAUGCUGGGACCAGCAUCUCUGCUGUGCCACACCUGAGAGCACUGGAGCUGCUGGGGGGACGUUCCCCUUCUGCGGUCCAAAGUGAGGCAGGUGCCCUUGGCUGCUCCCUCAGAAGAGCCUCACCUCGCUUGGUGAGCUGCAUGGGGGAUGCUGCUCCUUUCUACCAUCAGCUAGCUCUACUGGCACCCACCAGAUGUGUUCAUGAAACCCCCUUCCCAUCCGCACCAACUUGGGCACCUCUAGAAGGGGAUUGUGGCUGCGGGAGAGGAGCCCAUCCAUCAGCAGAGGACAAGCAGCAGCGAAUGGGAGAUACUGCUCAGCCCAGCACUGCUGACAGAUCCACACCCCUUGCCUGGUGAACCAGCACCUCCUGCUGCACUCGGGGCUGUGCCAGCACUGCUCCCAUCCAGGACACGACCUUCCUGCUCUCCUUGCCCUGAAGACCAUUUCUCCAGCACACCAAGAGCUCCCUGACAUCCAUCCCAGAGCCAUCCUGCACAGUGCCCUGUAAAGAGAUGCUUCUGCUGCACCUUCUCACACUGCUCACACCUGGUACAGAUCAUAGCAUCAGCUCUCCAGCAGCACAGAUCUGCACCUCGGGAGUCCUUCCUCUGAGCUUCUCCUGCAGCAGAUUCCCCAGCCACAGCC